UGACUAGUAGACCCAGCUGUAUUCACUGAGCUGACAUCUUACUCAUACCCUCAUUCCUCAGAAUUGAAUUGCGGGCGAAGGUUCAAUAGUCUACCUGUUGCUGCCCACUUCCAAGAGAUACGGAUAGUUUAUUUUAUCCAUAAUUUCACCACCUGCGAGUCCAUACAUUAGCGACUUCAACUGACCAGGGAUAUGGAAGAAGCCCUCAACAGCACUAUACAUCCGACCUGUUUACAAGAACCCCCGCUGGCUAUCGAUAUCAUAAAGCAGCUGGAUGUCUUUGGGGUGGCUCUGUACUCCAUGCUGACCCUCAUGUCUACAAUGUCCCUGCUACUAUACCUGGAGGAGUGUGUGUUUAUCUAUAGAAAAGUCCCGUCUCCCAAGAAGACAACUAUUAUGUGGGUAAAUGGAGCUGCACCGGUCAUUGCUACCAUGGCUUGUUUUGGUAUGUGGAUCCCAAGGGCAACCAUGUUUUCAGAUAUGACUUCUAAUUCGUACUUUGCAGUGGUGGUGUAUAAGGUCUUAAUUUUGCUGAUAGAGGAGAGUGGGGGUAAUGAGACCUUUCUGAAGCGUAAUUACAAGAAAACCUUCAAGAUCAGUACAGGACCAUGCUGCUGCUGCUGUCCCUGCCUGCCCCGCAUUCCAGUCACACGGCGUAUGUUAUUCCUGCUGAAGCUGGGGGCUCUUCAGUAUGCUAUCUUAAAGACACUUCUCUCAAUCCUCUCCAUAAUAUUGUGGACCAACGGCAACUUUGAUACUUCCGAUCUUGAGAUCACAAACACGGCCAGUUGGAUCAACCCAUUUAUAGGGGUUCUCACCAUCAUCUCCCUUUGGCCUGUCGCCAUCAUGUUCAUGAACACAUGCAACACACUGCGUAGCGUCAGGAUCAUACCUAAGUAUGCCAUGUACCAGCUGGUGCUGGUGCUCAGUCAGCUGCAGACGGCCAUUAUUAACGUCCUGGCCUUGGAUGGAACCAUUGCCUGCUCCCCACCCUUCUCCUCUAGAGCCCGUGGCACCAUGUUGAGUCAACAGCUAAUGAUUGUGGAGAUGUUCAUCAUCACCCUGGUCACCCGGGCAUUGUACCGCCGCACUUAUGACCCACUGCCCUCCGAUCCCCACGAGACUGACAACGACCAGAACACCAAUAUCAGUCUGCAGGCACCACAGUGGGAGCAUGCUGCCUGAGAGAUUGUGGUGGAGUGAAUAGAGAGACAGGGUGGUGCGUGUGUGUGCGCGCGUGCACAUGUGUGGUUGCGUGCGCGUGUGUGUGAGAGAGAGAGAGAGAUGUAUCAACAGACUUUAAUAACCUCACUACCAAACAAAUAUGAAUGUACACUAGCUAGGUUUCCAUCCUGUUGGCGACAGAUUUUCAUGCGAAUAUUCUAACAUAUGCAGAAAUCAAAUAUGUGAAUUUUCCCACCAGACAUGUGUUUCCAUCAAAUGUACUUGUUGUAGAUAAAAGUAUGUGCGUGAUGACAUAGUGCACAUAAAAAAUUGUUUUGCGGGUAAAUUCCCAUAUACCGAAUAAAAAAUACCAGUUACAUGGGUUUCCAUCGCGUUUUCAACUCUACUGAUGGCUUUGUCACAAAAAAAGAUUGUGUUAUAAAGCGAAUGUGCCCACUCUGGUAUUGGCACGUGCGCUCUAGCCAACAGCUCGUUCGGGUAUAGCCUAAAUGAUGAGAUUAUUAUGGACAAAAGAACGAGAUACUUUUUAUUUGUCAAAUGGCAGCCAAGCAUCGAUCAUCAUGUCACCAGAAUAAGACCCCCGAUAAUUAUUGGAAAGGAGCAUCAAGCUCAUCACUUUGGGCUUUCACCACAGACAUAGACCAGACCAGGUUGGAGGGCAUUUCGCUAGAAUGCGUUGUGCAACUGAUUUGGUAUCCCCUUUCUUCUUUUCCACCCUGCGAAGUUCAUCAUAAUGUAUUUAAUCUGUAACCUAAUUGACUUCAUACCUUCCCGAGUCAUAGUGGUAGGACCACACAACAUGUCAUCACGUGACUUCAAAUGUACUUCUAUAUUGUGGUUAGUAUAUCAAUAUUUGAGAAUAAAAGCGUUUCCACCGACAUUUCUCGCAUAAGGAAUUUUACCGAUAUAAAAAAAUCCUACCUUGCCUAGUAUAUUUUGUUUCGUUGAAUUGUGGAAAGUUUACCAACAAAUGUUCUGUUUCCAUCAAACCUGUCAUGACUUUUUUUUUAUCCGACAUGUAUUUUACUCGCAUAAAAAGGUUGGAUGGAAACCUGGUUACUAUUGUUGUAUUUUUAUGACUUUUGUCUUGAUUGUGUCCUAUAUUCUGCUGUUGUAGUUUUCGGUUUAUCCUGUAGGCCUAUAACAUAGGCUACAGUAAAUUCUAUCUUAAAAGUUGAGUUGUAUUAUGCUGAAUAUAAUGUUAGAACAUAUACCUCCAACAACAACAUAUCUGUCCCAUCCAUAUUGCCUCAGCUCUUAGCACGGCUAUGUGGAGUUGGAUAUGUGAGGGUAUUGGAAAUACGUUUAGAAACCAAAAUGGGUUAAUGGUUGGAUAAAAUGUGUAUUUUGUAUUCAUAUCAAUAAAUAUAG